UCGCUGGAGCUGUCAAUCAUUGAGCCGUGGGUGGGUCGCGAGGGGGAAAAAUGGCUACCCUAUCUGUUAGCGAGCCUCAGGAGAUGGAAGUUGACAGGAGGGGCGAGUCGGAGGAGUCCGGCGAUGACGAGACCAAGAGGAGGAGUGUCAAUGGAGAAGUCGAAGACCUGCAGCGAGCUUCCACAGCUCCAGAGGAGUUGCCUGUCGAUAUGGACACCAUCACUCUCGACCCUAAUGAGGAGGACGUGGAUCUGGUCCACUGUCGGAUCGGGAAGAUCGAAGGACUCGAGGUCUUGCAGAAAGCUAAGACGCUUUCUCUCAGACAAAACCUGAUUAAAAACAUAGAGAACCUGGAGAGCCUGGUCUCGCUGAGGGAACUGGACCUGUACGACAACCAGAUCCGCAAACUGGAGAACCUGCAGGCUUUAACCGAGCUCGAGCAGCUAGACGUAUCGUUCAACUUGCUGAGGAAGAUCGAAGGUUUGGAGCGUCUGACGAAGCUGAAGAAGCUCUUCCUGCUGCACAACAAGAUCACGAACAUCAGCAACCUCGAACACCUCACCGGCCUUCAAAUGCUGGAGCUCGGGUCCAAUCGCAUCAGGAUCAUCGAGAACCUGGACACGCUCACGUCUCUGGACAGUUUGUUCCUCGGUACGAAUAAGAUCGCUCAGCUGCAGAACCUGGACGGGCUCCACAACCUGACGGUCCUCAGCAUCCAGAGCAACCGCAUCACCAAACUAGAGGGACUGCAGAACCUGGGGAACCUGAAGGAGCUCUACCUGAGUCACAACGGCAUCGAGGUUAUCGAAGGCCUCGAGAACAACAAAAAACUGACGACUCUGGACAUCGCAGCGAACAGGAUAAAGAAGAUCGAAAACAUCAGUCACCUCACAGAACUGCAGGAGUUUUGGAUGAAUGAUAAUCAGAUAGAGAAUUGGAGCGAUCUGGACGAGCUGAAGAACGCUAAAGGUUUAGAGACGGUGUACUUGGAACGCAACCCGCUGCAGAAGGACCCUCAGUAUAGACGCAAGAUCAUGCUGGCAUUGCCCAGCGUCCGGCAGAUCGAUGCCACCUUCAUCCGCUUCUGACCUCCACACACACACACACACACACACACACACACGUACACUCACACACACUUCGCCUCUGCUUUUCCUAACCAUUAGCCAGAUCUCAAACACACCAUGCUCAUAUGCAAACACCCUUUACUAAAACACACACACACACACACACACACACACACUUGAGCUGUUCCUCCUCCCUCCACUUCCAAAGCUUCGUCCAUUUUUGGUCAAAUAAAACACACUCUAUUAGAACAUGUGCAAGAGUACCCUUUAUGCACAACACACAUACACACACACACGUCCCUAUGCUACUGUUUGGUUUGAGACAUUAGAAGGACAGGAAGUUAAUGGUGAUCAGUGUUGAGUCUCGUCAUACAAUAUGUUUUAUUUUAAUAUUGGAUCAGAAAAAUAAUCCAGAAAGUAUUAUUAUUAUUAUUAUUAUAAUUAUAUCAAGAUUUUCUUGGCAUCUCAGGCUGGAAAAAGUUUAUGAUAUUAUUACCAUAACGAUUCAGCUGAGGAACCAGGAACUCUUGGGGGCGGAGCUUGCUGAUUUGUCAACCAUAUAUUUUAGUUAAAAAAAAAUUAAAAAGCGACAUUUUAGUGCAAAUUAGUAACGAAUCAUUAAUGCUUCGCAAUAAAACAAUCGGCUCUCGUACGUUCCUCAGACCAAUCCCGUACGUCCUCUGUGGCUCAGCUCCGGAAGCUCCGCCCACACAGACCUGUGAUUGGUGAUCGGUCCUGAUUGGUAGCAUUUAUUAAACGAAACAUACGAGACUCUGUAGCAAGCGUCUGGCUUUAAAAGCGUUUGGUCAGCAAAGCUAAAAUAAAUAACCGCCGUUUUAUUUCCUCCUGGGAUUUAUGACCAAUUUAAAUAUUUUGAACAAAAAAAAAAAAAACAGAGAAAGGCCACGCCCACAAGAGACAAACAGUUAAGACUUAGCUGGAUUUGCAGUGCACUUUUUUGGUCUUGUCUUUAACACAGAACAGGAAUUUGUGUCAGGAACCAUGUCGUACCUCUAAAGGUUCCUGAACUUCGCACUCCUUCGUUCACAUAUCGAUCUGCUGUGUGAUUAGCAGCCUUUAAAGUAAACAAUUUUAUCUGUCAUGAAUUUGGUGGGAAAAUGUAAUAAAAUAGUAAUAAUAAUGAACUGCCUUUCUGGGCUUCUAUAGAACACAGUACGAUUAUUUUCAGUAUCUUUUCCGGAUGUUCUCUGACCAAAUUUUACAAUUUAAACGUAUAAAAUGUACGACCCCGUGUGCAUGUGAAACACCGGGCGAGAGUGUUUUUGUGUUUUAUCGUGCGUUUGAUCCCGCGUUAAACACUACAGCUGCAGAAUUGCAUAAUGCCGCUUUAAUAUAUAAAUACGACCACAGCCUUCGCACUGGAAUGAAUUUGGCUAAGUUCAUUCAUCUCUGCUAUUUAUUUAUGAAGUCUUAAAGCUUUGAUUUAUUCUGUUUCAUUCGGUAAAACUUCUAUAAAGCCGCGUUUUCCUGCGCCAAGUGACGUUUUAACGACGUGGUUUUAAAGCUACAAUCAGUGAUGUGAAAGCUAUAAACUGGAUUAUGGCGGAUAUUUUGUGAUGUCACAAAGUUUUUUCACUUGCACCACAACUCCUGAUCCUUUAAACCAACAGGCCAUGGUUAUAUAUAUAUAUAUAUGUAUGUAUGUCCUUAGCAUUAGCGUUUUAGUCCACCAACAUCUCACUUGACCACCAUUAUGUGAUCGUUGCCAUGGUUACAUCUCUCGCGCUGUUCUAGUCACCUCUAAUUAAAACAUUUUCACGUCAUAUACAAUACUAACAAUUAGUUUGAUGGUUUAUUGCAAGAGAGAAGCCGUCGCCGCUAUACCUGCUUGUUGUCAUGGUUACAUUCCAGCAUGGUUGCUCGGUAAUAGCUAACAAGGCUGAUUAGAGAUUUAGCUAGCGCAGCUUUAAAACAGACAAAGGAAAGACAGAGCUACGGUGGAAAUGAUACAGAACGAUCCGGAACGUCAACAUUUACCUCAGGUGUGUUAAUAGAUUAGUAAGAAAAUGCUCAGUACGACUACAGUUACGACGUGAUUACGUUUAGCAUUAACCGCUAACUCAACCCCCAUGGAUUUCUCCACACUGAGGUACGACAUUACGUCGUUAAACUGGGAGCGGUCUGAAGACGUCAGCUGUCUGUCUUGACAUAUUAUGAACGCUUUUGAACAAAAAAUGUACAUAACUAAUGAAGAUUCAAGUCAGCCAAUCAGAAACGAGUAUAUUCUGUUGCUCAACAUAUCAUGAUGUUUAGCAUCGCUAACACUAUUAAAUAAUAUUAUCAAAAAAUAUCAUUUAAUUGAGGAAAGAAGGAAGAGACAUUUCGUGAUACCUACAAAGCUCCCAGAAAAUUUAUCGCGAUAUUGAUAUCAUAUCCCCACCUUAUUCAUUAUUAUUAUUAUUAUUAUUAUUAUUAUUAUUAAAGGUAUAUUUGCCAUUUCACUUUAGGCUUUAGGGUAGAUAUACUGUUUAUCAGUAAUUAAAUAAAUAAAAAUCAGUGCAUAAAAAUGAAAUAAGCAUUUAGUCAGUUAAAGUGUAGAUUAGAUAUUUUUAAAAAAACAACAAAAAAAAAACUCCACUGAUUGUAGCUUUAAAAACGUAGCGUCCAAUACAGCGGGUUUCAGAGUAAACUAUCUCAGACAUUGUAAAGUUCUAAAGAAAAUCCGUCAAAAUUAGAAAACAUCAGAUAUGAUUACUAAUUGUUUCAGUGUGCUGUUUUCCCCCUCUUUAUUUUAUUAUUAUUAUUAUUAUUUUAUUGUUUCACAACUGCUUGGUUGACUGUUUUGAGAUGAAUGUAAUAUAAAUGACAAUAAACUUAAUUUGAAAAAUG